UUAGUAUUUUAUUUUUGAAAUUUUUUAGGAAUUUGCCAAAUUUAAUGUGUACGAUAUGUCUGAGAACGAGGAUGAUGUGGUCUAUUGGAACCUAAAACCAACUCUGCCCUACAAAUCGACGCCAAAGUUUACGGAGAUUAAAAAAGUAACACCAAAAAGAUUCUUCCAAUUGUAUGUGAAUACAUUUUUGGGAGCACAUUUUGCCGAGUCCUUUGUAUAUCCUUUAGAUGUGGCGAAAACUCGAAUGCAUAUGGAGGGGGAGAUAGCCCACAAUUCGGGUGCCAAAGUUGGUAACAUGUAUCGACAAAUUUUGAAUAUUAUACAAAAGGAAAAAUUGUGGAAUCUUUAUGCUGGUUUCUCAGCCAUGGCUAUACGAAGUUUCCUCUUCAAUAGCAUACGCGUUGUCCUUUACGAUGUCUUUCGCACACAACUAAUCUAUGUGGACGAGAAGACCAAUCAGGAAGUAUUAACUAUACCAAGGGCUUUAGCUUCCGGUUUUGUGGCCGGUUGCAUAGCUCAGGUAAUUGCCAAUCCAUUUGACAUAGUCAAAGUUCGCAUGCAAAUGGAUGGAGUGCGUCUUCGUAUGGGACUUGAGCCACGGGUUCAAGGUGUGUCCCACGCUUUGAGGUGUAUUUACGAGAAGGGCGGCUUGCCCAAUUUGUGGCGUGGCGUGGGUCCCAGUUGUCUACGAGCCUGCCUUAUGACUGCCGGCGAUGUGGGCUCCUAUGAUAUAAGCAAACGGAAUUUCAAAUAUUAUUUUGAUCUCGAGGAGGGUUUACCAUUGCGUUUCCUAUCGUCCAUGUGUGCCGGAUUUGUGGCAAGUGUUUUAAGUAAUCCGGCUGAUGUGAUCAAGUCACGAAUUAUGAAUCAAGUGACUGAUGAAAAGGGACAAGGUUUACAGUAUAAAAAUUCCCUAGAUUGUGCCAUGAAACUAAUCAAUCAGGAAGGUAUUCUGUCAUUGUAUAAGGGUCUAAUUCCAUGUUGGUUACGACUGGGACCAUGGUCGGUUUUGUUUUGGAUGUCUUUGGAAAAAUUACGCGAAUGGGAGGGUCAAGCCGGUUUCUAAACCUUAUCUGUGAUUAUCUAGAGAAAUUCUACUAGAUUUCAUUGAUAAUUUUCAAAAUAUUUUAAGGCUACCAAACUUAAUUCUAGAAAAGAACUUUUCCAAAUGCUUUUGACAACAAACAAGGAGGAAAUUGCCUUAACGCAUAGACAUUGAUAAUGGAAAACUUUAAAAGCCAUUUUGUAAUUUCUAAUAUUUUGAAUAUGUCAUUAAAUUAGAGUAAAUUAUAUGGGAUAUAUGUACUUGUGGGGCUUCGGGAUCAAGGAGUCUCCAAAAAAUAAAUAAAAAUUUAUCUAAAAUAA